UUUAGGCUUGAAAGAGCAAAUGCCAGUCAGCAUGGCCUCUUCCCAUGAGUGAUAAUGUGUGUGUUGGACUCAAGAUCUGGCUGUGAGUUGAUCCAACUGUCUUUAGCCUUUCACGUGGGAAGAAGCUGAAGGAUUUGCUUUGUCAGGUCUCUCCUCCCACUGUCCCCAUGAGUGGCCAGUGGUUGGUGCUCCAAAACAUUCUGGAUAUCUGCCACAAAAUGAGAGGAAAAAAUGUUAAGUUGAAUAAAGCAUAAAGGGGGACUGUUCUUGCCCUUGCUGCAAAUCUUGUGCCACUGAAGAGAAAUCACCAUUCCUUUCUCUGUUCCCUCCUAAGUUAUACAGGGCUGUUGAUGAUGUUUUCUUGAUCCUGAUGUGUUUAACCUAUUUAUGACUGUAAGGUUUUGGAAAAGGAAAAAGUUAAUCAUUAAAGUGUGCUUAGGCAUCCCAGGCUUCCCAGGGAAGUGGUCACGGCAUCAAACUUUAGAUACCACACUCGGACAUAGGGUUUGGAUUUCAGGAGCUUUUGUGUGGAGACAGGAGUUGAACUCAGUGAUCCUUGUAGGUCCCUUCCAAUUUGGAAUAGUUUAUGAUUCCAUGAUUCUACACAAUGGAUCCAGUGGAACUUUAUCUUUCAUCCUGGACAAAAUCUGCCAGGGAAUUGGUGUUUUGAAGACACUUACAGCUUCCAAUCCUCAUUCCCUUGGGAAUACAAACAUUUCUAAAUAUGUCACCAGCCAUGUGGAAGUGGACUUGCCUGGUUUCUCACCUCCUGUUAUCUGCCACAGUGUCACCUCUUGGGAGACAGCAGCCUCCCCACCCAAAGAGGCCCUUCAUCACCUUCACUGGAGACCAAACGGAGGGGAACUUCAACCAUUUAGUGGUUGAUGAAAGGACUGGGCACAUUUACCUGGGAGCUGUCAACAGGAUCUAUAAACUUUCCAGUGACCUGAAGGUCCUGGUGACCCACCAGACUGGUCCUGAUGAUGAUAAUCCCAAAUGCUAUCCUCCCAGGAUAGUCCAAACCUGCAACGAACCCUUGACACCCACUAACAACAUCAACAAAAUGCUCCUCAUAGACUACAAGGAGAAUCGAUUGAUAGCCUGUGGGAGUCUUUACCAGGGCAUCUGUAAGCUUUUGAGGCUGGAUGACCUCUUCAAGCUGGGAGAACCCUUCCACAAGAAGGAGCAUUACCUCUCCGGCGUGAAUGAGAGUGGCUCUGUUUUUGGAGUCAUUGUUUCUUACAGCAACAUGGAUGACAAGUUGUUCAUUGCCACUGCUGUGGAUGGCAAACCUGAGUAUUUCCCCACUAUCUCUAGCAGAAAGCUUACUAAGAACUCUGAGGCAGAUGGGAUGUUUGCGUACGUUUUCCAUGAUGAGUUUGUGGCAUCUAUGAUCAAAAUCCCCUCAGACACCUUCACCAUCAUCCCUGAUUUUGAUAUCUACUACAUCUACGGCUUCAGCAGCGGUAACUUUGUUUAUUUCCUAACUUUGCAGCCUGAGAUGAUCUCACCACCUGGUUCCACCACAAAAGAACAAGUUUAUACCUCUAAGUUGGUCCGGUUGUGCAAAGAGGACACAGCUUUCAACUCCUAUGUUGAGGUGCCCAUUGGCUGUGAGAAGAACGGGGUGGAAUAUCGGUUGCUCCAGGCAGCCUAUUUGUCCAAGGCUGGAGCCAUUUUAGCAAGGUCUUUGGGUGUUGGCCCUGAGGAUGAUAUCCUCUUCACAGUCUUCUCUAAGGGGCAGAAAAGGAAGAUGAAGUCCUUGGAUGAAUCUGCUCUUUGCAUCUUUGUCCUGAAAGAAAUCAACGAUCGCAUCAAAGACAGGCUGCAGUCCUGCUACAGGGGAGAGGGGACAUUAGAUCUGGCCUGGCUCAAAGUCAAAGACAUUCCCUGUAGCAGUGCGCUGUUAACAAUUGAUGACAACUUCUGUGGCCUGGAUAUGAAUGCCCCCUUGGGAGUAUCAUCUAUGGUGCGAGGGCUCCCUAUUUACACUGAAGAUGGAGACAGAAUGACAUCUGUGAUCGCUUAUGUCUACAAGAACCACUCCCUAGCUUUUGUGGGAACCAAGAGUGGAAAGCUCAAGAAGAUCCGUGUGGAUGGCACCACCAAGAACACGCUGGAGUAUGAGAUAGUGCAGGUGGUGGACACUGGCCCCAUCUUAAGGGACAUGGCCUUCUCAAUGGAUCAUGAACACCUCUACAUCAUGUCUGAGAAGCAGCUCACCCGGGUGCCCGUGGAGUCCUGCAGUCAAUACGAGACCUGCAGCGAGUGCUUGGGCUCAGGAGACCCUCACUGUGGGUGGUGUGUGCUUCACAACACGUGCACAAGGAAGGAGCGGUGUGAGCGCUCCAGCGAGCCUCGGAGAUUCGCCUCGGAGAUGAAGCAGUGUGUCCGGCUGACUGUGCACCCCAACAACAUCUCUGUCUCCCAGUACAAUGUAUUGCUGGUCUUGGAGACCUACAAUGUCCCUGAGCUGUCAGCAGGAGUCAACUGCACCUUUGAGGACCUGUCAGAGAUGGAUGGUUUGGUAGUGGGAAGUCAGAUCCAGUGCAUCUCACCAGCUGCCAAAGAGGUACCACAGAUCAUCACAGAGAAUGGAGACCAUCACAUAGUCCAACUCCAGCUCAAGUCCAAGGAAACGGGUAUGACCUUUGCCAGCACCAGCUUCGUCUUCUACAACUGCAGUGUCCACAAUUCGUGUCUGUCAUGUGUGGAGAGCCCUUACCGGUGCCACUGGUGCAAGUACCGCCACGUCUGCACUCACGAUCCCAGCACCUGCUCCUUCCAGGAGGGACGAGUCAAGCUGCCUGAGGACUGCCCACAGCUGCUGCAGGCCGAGAAGAUCCUGGUGCCAGUGGAAGUGAUCAAACCGAUCACGCUGAAAGCCAAAAACCUGCCCCAGCCACAGUCUGGCCAGCGAGGCUACGAAUGCAUCUUGAACAUCCAGGGCAAUGAGCAGCGGGUGCCCGCCUUGAGGUUCAACAGCUCCAGCGUGCAGUGCCAGAACACUUCGUAUUCGUACGAAGGAAUGGAGAUUAACAGCCUGCCGGUGGAGCUGACCGUUGUAUGGAACGGGAAUUUCAACAUUGACAACCCAGCACAGAACAAAGUUCAUCUGUACAAGUGUGGAGCCAUGCGGGACAGCUGUGGCCUGUGCCUGAAAGCCGACCCGGACUUCGAGUGUGGCUGGUGUGAGGGGCAGAACCAGUGCACGCUGAAGCAGCACUGCCCAGCCCAGGACAGCCAGUGGCUGGAGUUGUCCAGCACCAAAGGCAAAUGUACCAACCCCAAGAUCACAGAUAUCAACCCAGUGACAGGCCCUCGUGAAGGAGGGACUAAAGUUACCAUCCGUGGGGAGAACCUGGGGCUGGAAUUCAGAGACAUUGCAUCUCAUGUUAAAGUGGCUGGAGUGGAGUGCAAACCACUGGUGGAAGGGUACAUCCCAGCAGAGCAGAUAGUAUGUGAGAUGGGGGAGGCCAAGCCCAGCCAGCAUGCUGGAUUUGUGGAGAUCUGUGUGGCUGAGUGCAAACCAGAGUUCAUGGCCAGGUCUUCACAGCUCUACUAUUUUAUGACUCUGACACUCUCUGAUCUCAAGCCGAAGCGGGGACCUGUAUCGGGUGGCACUCAGGUGACAAUUACGGGUAAUAACCUCAACGCAGGCAGCAACGUCAUUGUGACCUUUGGGCGACAACCUUGCCUCUUCUACAGGAGAUCCACCAAGCACAUUGUCUGUAACACCACAGCCUCAGAUGAAGGCUUUGAGAAAGUAAAGGUGUCUGUGAGAGUGGACAAGGCCAAAAUACAUCAGGAGCUGCAGUAUGAAUAUGUGGAGGAUCCAACCAUCCUGAGGAUUGAGCCUGAGUGGAGCAUCUUCAGUGGCAACACACCCAUUGCAGUGUGGGGAACUCACCUAGACCUGAUCCAGAACCCUCAGAUCCGGGCAAAGCAUGGUGGAAAGGAACAUGUCAAUAACUGUGAGGUGCAGAACAGCACAGAGAUGACCUGCCAGGCUCCUGCGCUGGCUGUUGACCCCAAUCACCAGUCUGAGCUAGCUGAGCGUCCAGAGGAGUUUGGCUUCAUUCUCGACAAUGUGCAAUCCUUGCUGAUCCUCAACAAAACCAAUUUCACCUACUAUCCAAACCCUAUCUUUGAGGUUUUCAAUCCCUCAGGGAUCUUGGAGUUGAAGCCAGGAAGUCCAAUCAUACUGAAGGGCAAGAACCUGAUCCCACCAGUGGCAGGAGGGAAUGCCAAGCUGAACUACACGGUUCUGGUUGGUGAGAAGCCCUGUGUGGUGACUGUAUCAGAUGUGCAACUAUUGUGCGAGUCCCCAAACCUCAUUGGGAGGCACAAGGUGAUGGCUCGUGUAGGAGGGAUGGAAUUCUCCCCAGGGAUGGUCUACAUCUCUCCAGACAGCCCUCUCAGCUUGCCAGCUAUUGUCAGCAUUGCAGUGGCAGGUGGCCUGCUCAUCAUCUUCAUCGUGGCCGUGCUGAUUGCCUACAAGCGCAAGUCCCGAGAGAGUGACUUGACCCUCAAACGCCUGCAGAUGCAGAUGGAUAACCUGGAGUCCAGGGUGGCACUUGAGUGCAAAGAAGCUUUUGCAGAGCUGCAGACGGAUAUUCAUGAGCUGACAAGUGACCUGGAUGGAGCAGGGAUCCCUUUCCUCGAUUACCGAACCUACACCAUGAGGGUGCUUUUCCCUGGCAUUGAAGAUCACCCAGUCCUGAGAGAUCUGGAGGUCCCUGGCUAUAGGCAAGAACGGGUAGAGAAAGGCCUCAAGCUCUUUGCACAGCUCAUCAACAACAAGGUUUUCCUGCUAUCCUUCAUCCGCACACUGGAGUCCCAGCGCAGCUUCUCCAUGCGCGAUCGUGGCAACGUGGCCUCACUGAUCAUGACAGUGUUACAGAGCAAGCUGGAGUAUGCUACUGAUGUCCUCAAGCAGCUGUUGGCUGACCUCAUAGACAAAAAUCUGGAGAGCAAGAACCACCCCAAACUGCUGCUCCGAAGGACAGAGUCUGUAGCUGAGAAAAUGCUCACCAAUUGGUUCACCUUUCUUCUGUACAAGUUUCUCAAGGAGUGUGCUGGUGAACCUCUGUUCUCCCUCUUCUGUGCCAUCAAGCAGCAGAUGGAAAAGGGUCCCAUUGACUCAAUCACUGGGGAGGCCCGGUACUCACUGAGUGAGGACAAGCUUAUCCGACAGCAGAUUGAUUACAAAACACUGGUCCUGAGCUGUGUGAACCCUGACAACGUGAACAGCUCCGAGAUCCCUGUGAAGAUCCUGAACUGUGACACCAUCACACAAGUCAAGGAGAAGAUCCUCGAUGCCAUCUUCAAGAACGUGCCCUGUUCCCACCGGCCCAAAGCUGCUGAUAUGGACCUGGAGUGGCGGCAGGCAAGUGGAGCAAGGAUGAUCCUCCAGGAUGAAGACAUCACAACCAAGAUAGAGAAUGACUGGAAGAGACUCAACACGCUGGCACACUAUCAGGUGCCAGAUGGAUCUGUGGUAGCUUUAGUCUCCAAGCAAGUCACUGCCUACAAUGCAGUCAACAACUCCACAGUCUCCCGAACCUCAGCCAGUAAAUAUGAAAACAUGAUCCGUUACACAGGCAGCCCAGACAGCCUCCGCUCCCGCACACCCAUGAUCACUCCUGACCUUGAGAGUGGAGUCAAGAUGUGGCACUUGGUGAAGAAUCACGAACAUGGUGACCAAAAAGAGGGUGACCGGGGCAGCAAGAUGGUUUCUGAGAUCUACCUGACAAGGCUACUCGCCACCAAGGGAACUCUCCAGAAAUUUGUAGAUGACCUCUUUGAGACCAUCUUCAGCACAGCUCAUCGUGGCAGUGCACUUCCCCUGGCUAUCAAAUAUAUGUUUGACUUCCUGGAUGAACAAGCUGACAAGCACAACAUCCACGACCCCCAUGUGCGGCAUACUUGGAAGAGCAAUUGCCUGCCAUUACGGUUCUGGGUUAACAUGAUCAAGAACCCACAGUUUGUCUUCGACAUUCACAAGAAUAGCAUCACAGAUGCCUGCCUCUCUGUAGUGGCUCAGACAUUCAUGGACUCCUGUUCAACCUCAGAGCAUCGUCUGGGCAAAGACUCACCCUCCAAUAAGCUUCUGUAUGCCAAGGACAUCCCCAGCUACAAGAACUGGGUGGAAAGGUACUAUUCGGACAUUGCCAAAAUGCCAGCAAUCAGUGACCAGGACAUGAAUGCAUACUUGGCUGAGCAGUCUCGCAUGCAUAUGAAUGAGUUCAACACUAUGAGUGCACUCUCGGAAAUAUACUCCUACGUUGGCAAGUACAGUGAGGAGAUUCUCGGAGCCCUUGAUCAAGAUGACCAAGCUGGGAAACAGAAACUUGCCUACAAACUUGAACAAGUCAUAACCCUCAUGAGCAUAGACAGCUGAGAACUGUCCUGCCAGGGACACCCUGGGAGGGAUAAACCAAGUCGUGCCUCACUCAAGAUCAUCAUCUUUACCAAGUGCAAGUUUUGAUUGGCUGUAAGCAGAGUCACCUGAACAGCACUCCUCUCUCUCUCUCAUUUCUUUCUCUUUCAAAAUCUGUGGACAAAGUGAGAAAUCCCCAGGGGUUACAAGAAAAGAUUGCAGAGGAAUCUUAGCUCUGGGGAUAUCAAGACAUUUAGGUGAAGCUCUCAUUUUCACAGCUUCCCCUCUGCCUUUAUUCUACAAGAGAAAAAAAAAGAACAAUUCCACAGAAACAAAGCAAGACAAAACAAAACCCUCCCCCAGCAUCGCAUCAUCACUCUGCAGAUGGGAAAUCGAGAGGUCACCUCUGUCAUGCUGCUUUAACUGCCCUCCUGGGGAUGUAGCCUCCGGAGUGGACAUAGAAAUGAACUCAGUAUUACUAAAUGUCUCCCCAACGGGAAGGCAGCUUGCCUGCAGGGAUCCUGAAGGGUAGGAGGAAAUCAAGAUCCUCUCCUGCAGAGCCAUUGCAACUCUAUCUCUUGAUAGGGACCCACUGGGAGAGGAACACCAAGGCUCCCUGCAAAAUGCCACAGCUCCGCCAGAGUGGGAACACUGUGGCUCUUAUCUGCCUGGGCAAACAGCGGUGUAGUUGCUCUCUUGGGGCAGUAGAAGGGUCAAGAAGGGAGGAUGGAGACUAACAGUCUCCUGCCCGUGUGAUUCAUAUGGUUAUUCUUAUUUUUCAAAGAGACCUGUGUUCCCCUCCGUCUUUCCCAUUGUGUCCUGUUGGUCGUAGCACUGCUGCAAAAAUGCUCUCUCUUCUCAGUGGCAUCCCGUUGGUGGUGUUUCUGUUCCUUCUGGCAAUGGACAGCACAGCAUCUCCUUUGCCCCACCUCAGCUUGGAAAGCAGGAAUCACAAGUCUCGCUUUGUUCCAGACAAGGAGCGUGGCCUCAAAAAAACCAACCAGAGGGUUUUUUUUUUAAAGCUGUUUGUUCUUUUCAUUUUUAUUUCCACAACUGAAACAAAGCUAUUGUUGUUUUUUUUUUGGUGGAAUAUAAGAAGGAUAUUAAAGGGCUUGCUGUGAAGCAAGGUAGUGCAUAGGACUGAUGGUAGAAGCCUUCCUUCAAAGCCACUCUGAAGAGGAAAUAUCAUCAUAUACUUUGGAAGGAAAUCUUGGAAGAAGCCCAAACGAAACACUGCAAAAUUUUCUUCCAUCUAGAUACUCCAAGUCAGACUGCAUGUUUUCUGGAGAUGCGCAAACUAUUGUAAGCUCAUUUGCCUUUUGGUGCCAACUCCUGGCCCUUGCUCUUUCACAUUCUGGAACCAGCAGUCCUUGUUGAAGGCACAGUUGCUGACUGUGACGUGUUUGCUCUCUCUUUGCACUUCCUAUCCUUUCAGAGAUCAUUGUCAUCACAGGACAAGGAUGGGUGAUCACCUUGUUCUUUCCUCUGUUCGGCUCCUCCAGAAGAUCUACAUCUCAAUCUAUUUCAAUGCCAACCAAAUAGGAAUGAGCUCCUGCAUCCCUUCUGCAUUUGGCCAGUUUCUCCUGCAGCUGCUGGCCUGUUUAACGCUGUGGUUCAUUGCAGUGGAAGAACCAUUGCUGCAGAGCCUUGAGGGAACUGGAAAACCUUGGAUCUGGUAUACCACAGAGGCAGAAGCCAGGUCUGUGUUGAUCUCGCCUGAAUGGUGCUCAAUAACAAGUGGAGGAUUGGCAUCGUGUAAUGAAGAAUCAGUCCUCAUCCAUCUUUCACCAUCCUCCAAGCUACAGCCUUGGUUUACUUUGCAUCUGGGUAGAUGAAGGGGUAAAGACAGGGUGUGUAAAUUGAUUAUGGAAUAAGUGUAUUUGGUUUUGUUCAUGCUUCUUGCUAGCAAGCCUGAACCUCUUCAGAGCAAUGGCUCAUAAGUGUGUGUGAAGGAGUAAGUGGUGCAGGCAGGGGUCAGAUAGCAAGCAGAUUCCAUUCAACCAAACAUACACAUGUAAGAAAGUGUUUCUCAAACCAUUUAAAGAACAGCAGUCCAAAACUGGGUGCAUGUAUGGGGGGAGAAUAUCACAAGAUUCAUACUGAAACAGCAAACUUAGGGACACGUCUUGGUUUUAAAACCCCAGACAUUUAUUAUAAUUAUUAUUAUUUUGUGUGUGUGCGUGUGUGUAUCUGUGUGCGUGUGUGCGUUAUUUCCUUUUUAAUUUUGCUUGCUUUCUGUUUGAUCGCUGAGCUGAUGGACUCAUCAUGCACCUUAUGGACAUCUCAGCAUUUUUAAGAGGCCUGCGCAAUGGGGAUGAUUUGGUUUGGUUGGCUCUGCCAUGGUUUUGUUGAUCCAUUUUGUAAUGCUGGGGCAUGUUCCAGAUCCAUUGAUUAUGGCUGUGAAAGUGGGGGUAGAUGUCCCACCAGAGCCAGCAGUAAGAAAACUGCAACAACAACACAAACACAAUAUUUUUUAUAAGUACAUAAAAAGGAAAAUUAAAAAAAAAAAUAAAAAAAAUAAAAAAAAAAAA